AUGUUCAUUUUAGAUGUGUGCUGGCAGAGGAGAUGGGGCAGGGAGCUGCUGCAGGUGCUUGGGGACCCCAGAGCAAGGAGGUGGCUGGAGGGGGGGAGAAUUUUCUGUCCCUGGGGGAGAAUCUCACCCCUCCCUUCUUCCCCCUCCCCUCCUCCCCCCGUCUCCUGGCAGCUUUUCUAUUCCUUCUUCAAAUCCCUGGUAGGGAAGGACGUGGUGGUGGAAUUGAAGAAUGACUUGAGUAUCUGCGGGACCCUCCAUUCGGUGGAUCAGUACUUGAACAUCAAGCUGACGGACAUCAGCGUGACUGAUCCGGAGAAGUACCCCCACAUGCUGUCGGUGAAGAACUGCUUUAUCCGGGGCUCCGUGGUGCGUUACGUGCAGCUGCCGGCCGACGAGGUGGACACGCAGCUGCUCCAGGACGCCGCACGCAAGGAGGCGCUGCAGCAAAAGCAGUGACCCCCCCCACUCCCGCCACCGGGGGGGGACCUGCCCCAGGGCCCCCACCCCCUGCUGGGCUGCUCCUGCUACUAAAACCAUGGUGCUCCCAGAUGCCUGGGUCCGGGCUGCUCCCCCUCCUGGCUGGGAGCAGGAGCCCCCCCGCCCCAUCCAGGGGUUCCUCCUUUUUGCCCUGCCAGCCUCCUGGCAAGCUCCGGCCUCCUGGCUUCAUCUUGGCCCCUACCCAGGAAGAGCAGAGGGGAACCCAGAUAUCCAGGGCCUGGCAGGGGGGUCUCAGCUGUGCCCUUCCUAGGGCCCCGGAUGCCUGGGUUCAAAGCGUCCCCGUGUCUAGGACCCCAACGCCCAGCGUCUGUGUUCCCCAGAGUGGCAGAUUCCUCAUGGGAUGAAUAGUGGGGUGGUUCCUAGCGUUAUUUCCCUACCCCCCCAUUUGGGGAAAAGAUUGGGGGGCAGGGUCUGAACUCCCCGGCCCCCUUUCACCUGAAGUCACACAGCAGUUGAAGUUGCAUUUUUAUUUUUCAAGAAUUUCUCCCAGUUCUUUAAGGGGGGUUUUGGGUCCCCUGCCCCGGGGAGCAAGGAGGGGGGAUGCCAUUAACUCCUGUCCCUUCCCAACGGGACCCUUCCUGGAAGAGAUGUGGGGUGUUUGAAGUGCUGCUCCCCCCUGAGCUAUUUCCCAUGGAAGGGGGCCCUUCUGGGCAGCUGGGGGGCUGGAUUAUUUUUGUUAGGGUUUGGGCCAAGGGAAUGGAGAGAGUUGGGUUUUUUGUAUGGUUGAUUCGUGCUUCGCAGACUCCAGUGGAAUAAACGUUUGGAGCCUGGUUACAAA